CUUUGCCCUUGCAAGCCCCGCCCAGGGCGAUGGUAGCGGCCCAACCUGCAGCCUUCCGCCGGCUCCGCCCAGCCAGCGCGUGGGCUCCCUGAAGCCCGCCCAGGCAGCGGAAAGGCCGCGGCCGCGAUGGCGACGGACGUCGAGGGGCAGGUGUACGUGCUGGUGGAGCACCCCUUCGAGUACACCGGCAAGGACGGGCGCCGCGUUGCCAUUCAGCCCAACGAGCGCUACCGGCUGCUGCGCCGCAGCACGGAGCACUGGUGGCACGUGCGGCGCGAGCCCGGCGGCCGCCCCUUCUACCUGCCCGCGCAGUACGUGCGCGAGCUGCCGGCUCUCGGCGACCCCGCCACCCCGUCGCCGCCGCCCGCGUCCCACCCAGGCCCCGCAACCCUCGAGCCGCUCGCCUACGACUACCGGUUCGUGAGCGCGUCGGCGCCCGUGGGCCCCGACGGUGCCUCCGCCGAGCCCCGGGGCCGCACCGGCUCCCUGUGCGGCCCUGCGCGGCGCGGCGCCGCCACCCAGCGCGGCAGCCCGGCGCCGGGCCUGCCCGCCUGCCUGUACCUGCGGCCCGCGGCGCCCGUGCGGCCCGCGCAGUCCCUGGACGACCUGGCGCGCGCCGCCGCCGCGCCCCCUGCCCGCCUCCUGGGCAGCGCGGGCAGCUUCAAGGCCUGCAGCGUGGCCGGCUCCUGGGUGUGCCCGCGGCCCCUGGCGCAGAGCGACUCGGAGAACGUCUACGAGGCCCUCCAGGACGUGCGUGGCCCGCCGCGGGAGGACAGCCCGGAGCAGGUGGACGACCCCCCAGAGCCCGUGUAUGCGAACGUAGAGAGGCAGCCUCAGGCCACUUCGCCAGGCGCCACAGCGGCCUCCCGCCCCAGUCCCGUGUGGGAGACACACACAGACACAGGAACCGGGCGCCCCUACUACUACAACCCGGACACGGGCGUGACGACGUGGGAGUCUCCCUUCGAGGCCGCCGAGGGCGCCACCAGCCCGGCCACCUCCCGGGCUUCGGUGGGCAGCCGCGAGAGCCUCGAGACCGAGACCGAGUGGGGCCAAUACUGGGAUGAAGACAGCCGCAGGGUGUUCUUCUACAACCCGCUGACGGGCGAGACCGUCUGGGAGGACGAGGACGAGCCCGAGCUGGAGGACGAGCCCGAGGACGACCUGGAGAUGCAGCCCAGCCUGAGCCCCACCAGCCCCAGGGACCCGCGGCCCCCCACACCCGAGACGGACUAUCCCGAGGUGCUGGCCAGUUACCCCGAGGAGGACUAUGCCUCAUUGGGCUCUUUGGGUGACCCCGGCCCCUCCGCUCCCUUGACCACACCCCCCGGUUGGUCUUGUCACAUCGGCCCGGACAAGCAGACGCUCUACACUAACCACUUCACCCAAGAGCAGUGGGUGAGGUUGGAGGACCAGCAUGGGAGGCCAUACUUCUACAACCCAGAUGACUCCUCUGUUCGGUGGGAGCUGCCCCAGGUUCCUGUUCCUGCGCCUCGAAGCAUCCGCAAAUCCAGCCAGGACAGUGACACCCAAGCCCAGGCCAGCCCCCCGGAGGAGAAUAUCAAGACCCUGGACAAGGCAGGUGUGCUCCAUCGCACCAAGACAGUGGACAAGGGAAAGCAGCUCCGGAAGAAGCACUGGAAUGCCUCCUGGACAGUGCUGGAGGGUGGCAUCCUGACAUUCUUCAAGGAUUCCAAGACCUCAGCUGCAGUUGGCCUGAGGCAGCCUUCCAAGCUCUCCACCCCUGAGUACACAGUGGAGCUGAGGGGGGCCUCUCUCACCUGGGCCCCCAAAGACAAAUCCAGCAAAAAGAAUGUACUGGAGCUGCGGAGCCGGGAUGGCUCAGAGUACCUGAUCCAGCACGACUCAGAGGCCAUCAUCAGCACCUGGCACAAGGCCAUUGCCCAGGGCAUCCAGGAGCUGUCCGCAGACCUGCGCCGGGAGCAGGAAAGCGAGAGCAGCAGCGUGAACUUCGGGUCGAGUGAGCGCCUGGGAAGCUGGCGAGAAAAAGAGGAUGACGGGCGGCCGGGUGCAGCCCCGGGGCCCGGGGGCCUGGAGAGUGACUUGAGCAAGGUCCGGCACAAGCUGCGCAAGUUCCUCCAGAGGCGGCCCACGCUGCAGUCGCUGCGGGAGAAGGGCUACAUCAAAGACCAGGUGUUCGGCUGCGCGCUGGCCGCGCUGUGUGAGCGCGAGAGGAGCCCGGCGCCGCGCUUCGUGCAGCAGUGCAUCCGCGCCGUCGAGGCCCGGGGGCUGGACAUCGACGGGCUGUACCGCAUCAGUGGGAACCUGGCCACCAUCCAGAAGCUGCGCUAUAAGGUGGACCACGACGAGCGUCUGGACCUGGACGAUGGGCGCUGGGAGGACGUCCACGUUAUCACGGGCGCCCUGAAGCUCUUCUUUCGAGAGCUGCCCGAGCCCCUCUUCCCCUUCUCGCACUUCCGCCAGUUCAUCGCGGCCAUCAAGCUGCAGGACCAGGCCCGGCGCAGCCGCUGUGUGCGUGACCUGGUGCGCUCGCUGCCCGCCCCCAACCACGACACGCUGCGGCUGCUCUUCCAGCACCUGUGCCGGGUGAUCGAGCACGGCGAGCAGAACCGCAUGUCGGUGCAGAGCGUGGCCAUAGUGUUCGGGCCCACGCUGCUGCGGCCCGAGACGGAAGAGACCAGCAUGCCCAUGACCAUGGUGUUCCAGAACCAGGUGGUGGAGCUCAUCCUGCAGCAGUGCUCAGAAAUCUUCCCGCCGCACUGACUGCGGACUGGACUGGGGGCGGCGACCGUGGUCACGCCACACAAGCUGGGUGGCGACUGGACUUUCUUUCUGACACCCUCCGCCUCCCACCCGUCCGCUGGCCUGUGUGACUUGUGCGUCCCUCGGUUCCGAGGGUAUGGUGACCCCUGUUGGGCGGUUUGCAAAAUGUGAUCCCCCCCCGCCCCCCCGCCCCGUGUCCUCUUUCGGAGUGAAUUAGGUUCUGUUCUUCCUGACAGCGGCGCCUACUGUGCGUGGGCGACAGUGGGGCGAAGGGGAGUGUUUUCUGGGACAGCCUGUGCUGGGAGGAGGAAUUUGGUCAUGAAGCAGCCAUAGGCAAUGUCCCUGCUGCUGUAACAGGACUGACCCCGGCCACCAGCGUGGCCAGCUGAGCCUGCCUUCCUCAGGCCUCAGGGAUGGCGCCCCUGCAGGGCCCUCUCCAGGCUGGCUGUGGACUGGUUUCAUCUGCUUUCCUGUUUGGGGUUCCGCCUCUGCCCUCCCUGAGCAACUCCUGUUGUGUGCAAGGGUUCUUCAUAUGCACUAAAUGUGCACCCUGCACCUGCCUCUUGACAGGCACCAUUUCCACACACAAUCCCAUCUUAGGGACUUGAAAACUGAGGCUUGCAGAGGCCAAAUGACUUGUUCAGGGUCUGGUGGGUGAUAUGACUCCUCAGCAAAGGCUCCUCCCACACUAGAGCACAGCCUGCAAGGCCGGCAACCAAUCCUUUCAGCUCUCCCUCAACCCCCCAGCAUGGGCCCACGGGCAAGCAAAGAAACUAAGCUGGGUGUGUUCUGUCCCGGCCUGCAGAGGUGCCUGAAGGCAGAGGGAAGCUGCCCCAGCUAUUCUUUCUGGAGAGAAGGGAAACAGCAGAGGCAGAAGCCCCCCACCCUUUCCAGUACCCUGGGUGUCAAGAUUCCUACCUGGCACUCACUUGCCCUGAAGAGCCAGCAGAGGCCUGCAGGGUGGGGGGAGGAGGACAUGACCUCAGGAAGGGACAUGUGGACCCCUUCCCUCCUCAUACACAACCACCCCAGUUGACAGAUCUUGGCCCCCAUCCCCACUCACCCCAUUCAUCUGUUCAACAAACAAUAAUAGCUGAUAUUUAUUGGAUAUUUGCACUAUGCCAAGCAUUUUACUUGGAUUCUCUUCUUCGUAUGUCACAGCCAAUAUUUAUUGCCAGCUCCUCUGUGCCAGGCACUGUGCUCUGGCAUAGGGGCGUGGCACAUGCUGCCUGCCCUGGUGGAGUUUAUGGUCCAGCAGUGAGGCCAGCCCAAGCCCACCCCUCAAGCCAGCAGGGACGGCAAGAGUACACAUGGAGGCCUCAUACAUAUGUUUAAGUAUUUAAAAGUUCUAAAUC